AUGAAUAAUCCGCGCAGAGUAUCUUCAAGUGUUCAUGCGCGACGAAGCCGCAUCGCGAAAUUCUUUGGUAGCUCUGACGAAGAAGAGGAAGUGUCCUCGGAAGUCACAAGUUUAAUCGAUCUGAGGCGGAAAUCGAGGGAACACGUCGAGUCCUUAGGAUGUAUGAUACCGAUUACUACUGAAGCUAACAAUGUCGAUGAAGCUAUUGCUUGCUCGAAUCGUCCAGCAGUGCCUCUUUUGCCUAAAGCUGCUCUCUUGACGCUUAUUUCAGCAGUCCAAGAAAAUGGAAAGGAAACAGGCGAAACCGAGGAAAAUCAAGAUAACAAUAAUACACGAAGUCGACGUGGCUCUCACAACACGCUAAAAUCUUCCAGCUCGAAUAAAUCAGUAAAUUUUGACCGAGUGGAAAUUCUCGAAUUUCGAGAUACGGAUGAUACGGGCAUUCCUGAUAGCUUCGAAGCUGAUGAAGGCUCAAAACCGAUCGAAAAAUGA